ACUUAAUUCUGUUGACCUUUAUCUUCAUUUCCUUCCCUUUCUCUCAUCUCUCUCUCUCUCUCUCUCUCUCUCCUCUCAAACUUUAGCUAGUGUAUUGACAAACAAAAAUGGCGAACUACACAACUCUAGAAAUUGUUCAAGAAAACCCAAAUUCAGCCGUCUUCUUCCUUUACCUGAAUCGCCCAAACCAUCGAAACGCUCUAUCGCGCGACUUCUUCACCGAAUUCCCCAGAGCCCUCUCGUCCCUUGACCAAAACCCAGACGUCAACGUCAUCGUUCUCAGCGGCGCCGGCAAGCACUUCUGCGCCGGAAUCGACCUCAAAACCCUCAGCGGCGCCGGCAAGCACUUCUGCGCCGGAAUCGACCUCAAAACCCUAACAUCGAUCUCCGACCAGUUCGUCUCCGGAGACCGAGGCCGUGCCGGAGAGAAGUUCCGUAGAGAAAUCAAGGAACUGCAGGAGGCGGUCACGGCGAUCGAGCGGUGCCGGAAGCCCGUGGUCGCAUCAAUCCACGGGGCGUGCAUCGGUGGCGGUGUUGAUAUCGUGACCGCCUGUGACAUAAGGUAUUGCAGCAAGGACGCGUUCUUUUCGGUGAAAGAGGUGGACUUGGCGAUCACGGCGGACCUCGGGACGCUUCAGAGGCUACCCAGCAUCGUCGGGUAUGGUAACGCGCUUGAAUUAGCGCUUACAGGUCGGACCUUUUCGAGUUCGGAGGCUAAGGAGCUGGGCCUGGUCUCUAGAGUGUUCGGGUCCAGGGAGGAGUUGGAUAACGGCGUACGUGUCGUCGCUGAGGGAAUUGGGUUGAAAUCUCCACUUGCGGUUAGAGGGACGAAAGCAGUGUUGCAGAGAAGUAGGGAGCUGAAUGUGGAGCAAGGCUUGGAUUAUGUUGCCACGUGGAAUUCGGCGAUGUUGUUAUCUGAUGAUUUAAGUGAGGCGGUCUCUGCCCAAGCCCAAAAAAGAAAGCCUGUUUUUGCCAAACUCUGAAUCUGUAGCUCACUUCAAUUUUGUUGUUUAAUAAAUGGAAAAUACUUCCUCGCUCCUACAUAA